UAGACACCGUAAUAAGACUACUAUGUUUCAAACCACCUUUUGUCAGAAAAUAUGUUGAUGAUCUAAUAAUGGCAAUCCACAAGGACAAACUAGAACAUGUUGUUGAAACUUUCAACAAUUACAAUAGUCACAUCCAAUUCACCUAUGAACUGGAAGUGGACAAUAAAAUACCGUUUUUAGACAUGCUGCUCAUACGACAACAGAAUCAACAGAUCAAAACAGAGUGGUACAUGAAACCCAUCGCAAGUGGCAGAUUUUUGAAUUACAAUUCAUUCCAUCCGCUCCAUCAAAAGAUAAACAUGGCCAAAAAUUUUAUUCAUCGAGUCAACUAUUUGUCAUCCAACCUGCGAGACGACGAAAAAAUAAGCAUCAUAGAUAAACAACUCAGUCUUAACAACUACCCAAAAAAACUUCGACAUAGACUGAUCAAUAGGAUGCACGAACGCAACAUACUCACCCUUCAGACUACCGAUAAAAACCUGCAAACUACUUACCGGUCAAUAGCAUACAUUCCAUACUUAUCAAACCAAAUUGGAAAACACCUGAAAAACGACUACAAACACAUACAACUUGCACAUAGAAACAUAAAAACAGUUGGGAAAUUCUACACAAAAAUUAAAGAUCCCGUUCCAGCCGAUCACCACAGCAACGUUAUUUACAGUAUUCCAUGCAAACAGUGCAGUUCAUGCUACAUAGGAAUGACGUCAAAUAUGCUAAAAACCAGGAUAUGCGGACACAAGACACACUACAAUACUUGGGACAAACUUCUACAGGAUAGAUCGGACACAACAGAAAUACAAAUUGCCCAUCUAAAGGAGAAAACAGCACUAAUGGAUCACAGUAUUAAACACAAUCACAGGUUCGACUUUGAAAAUACUAGCAUAUUAGCCAAAAACUGUAAACCACAUGCACUUCCCUACAUAGAAGUAUGCCACAUAAUCACUAGCAAAAACAGUAGUAAUAAGCGAACAGAUACAGAAGGUUUAAAUUCCAUCUAUGCUGGAAUUAUUCACACUCUAGAUAUCGAGAAUCAAAACAAACGAAAAAUGACAACCAAUGUAACACGCAAUAGUAUAUGAUCACAAAACAGCAAUAAUACACACUCUCACAAACACACACGCUAUAAUCGAAUCAAAAGUAGUAGACAAGUAGGAAAGACAACACCACAGUUUCUCGCUCUGCGCAAAAGUUUUACCCGCGUUUCGCUGCUAUAAAAGCACUAAAACAAGACGAGCUUUUAAACACCGAUUAUUUUAAAGUGCGGUGCAGUAAAAAAUACGCAUAUGUACACUAUAGAAGGACGCCAUUAUAAACAUACACCGGACAACCUAUGUUGGACACAAACACACUUAACAAAAAAACGAACCGUUUCA